AUGGUAAAUAGUAUGUCUGCUCAUGCAAGAAAAAAAGCAAAGAAAACACUUGAACAAGAAAUUAUUGUUCAAGAUGGUAAAGUAUUCAUGUUACCAGAUGAAACUCUAUUGUACAUAUUUAAAUAUUUGAAUAUUAGUGAACUUAUUAUUGCUGGCAGUAUAUGUAAAACGUGGCGUCGAAUUGCCUAUGAUGAUGAAUUAUGGAAACGAAUCGAUUUAACCUAUCGUUUAUUAACUGUUCGUCAAUUAAUGAAAUUUUUAAAACGUUUUGAUCGUUUAAUAACCACUGAUCUUCGAAUUAAAGGUUUACCACAAGGUUUUUCAAAACGUAAAGUAGCUAGUCUAUGUCAAUGUUCAAAGAAUUUAUGUGAUCAAAUUCAAAUAAGUUAUACAAAUUUAAAACAUUUAUACAUGUUUAAUUUUGAUUUUCGUGACAGUCAAAAUCGUGCACAACAUAUUAGUUGUUUAUCAAAAAAUUUAGAAAGUAUUCAUUUGAUUCAAUGUGAAAUGCCAAUGAUAUCUAUACAAGGUAAUAUUGAUUUUUUAAUGGUAAAUAAUUCGAUGAAUUUUUGUUUAUCUCAUUUACAAGUAUUAUCAUUUGAAAAUUCAUCGUGUAUAACAUCAUUAUCUGUCAGUUAUCUACCAAAAUUAUGUCCAAAUCUAAUAGAAUUAAAUUUAUCAAAAUGUUAUCGAAUUGUUCGUGGUCCUGCAUUUUCAAAUAUGAUUAUGUCGUACGAACGAACAUUACGUAAAUUACAUUUACGUCAAACAAACAUUGACGAUGAUACUAUUCAUUGUAUAUGUCGAAAAUUAAAACGUUUAAUUUUUAUUGAUAUUCGUGAAUGUAAGAAUGUUACAAUAAUGAUUGUGCCAAAUCUACAUACAUUGAAUCAAUUACAAACAUUAUUAGCUGAAAAACAAUUGUUAACUGUUUAUAAUAAAAUGAACAAUGUUUCAAGAUGA